AAACCAAUGUCGCAGGAGGAAAUAAGGAGGCUACGUCAGCUUCUAGAAGAAGCAGACCGACGCCUUGCUGAAGAGCAACGACGCUUUGCUGAAGAGCAACGACGCCGCGAAGAAGCAGACCGACGCCUUGCCGAGGAGCAACAACGCCGCGAAGAAGCAGACCGUCGCCUUGCCGAAGAGCAACGACGCCGCGAGGAGACUGAACGGCGAACCAUCAAAGAGCUAAACACACUACCCGACCUUCUAGAUGGAUGCCACAAGCUCUCUUUAGCAAUUAGCAUUGAAACAAAAGCGACUUUGACAACUAAAGGAGAUCCUGUGAAUCCCGUCAAUAGGAUCUAUCCCAGACGUGUUCUCCACUGGCAUGAAUUUCCUAAUAUGCAGCAAAAAAUAUGGGAUGAAUUUAUUGCAGAACCCGCUUUCACCUCGCAACGCCUCUUUCCAUCGCCGCAUCAAUUAGACUAUGUCCGUAGCCGUAUCAAGCGAUCUACUCAG